AUGACGUCAGUCGCUAUUGCCACACUUUCCGCAAAAACCCCACAUAAACAUUCCCGAAGUCCCAUCAAUAACUGCAAUCUUCUACCUAUUCUCAAUCAACCAUUUGUUAUUCAUCGACUCUAUCAGCCUAUCACAAUACUACCAAAGAUGCCUAUUCCCACGUACAGUGACCAAGACACUUCGGACACCGCCACCCCUGGCACCGCUGGCCAGGCGUCGCUUGAAACUCUUUCGUCCACGAACAGCGCCGGCGGUCGUACCCUCGGGACUGGUUCUGGUGGUACAGUCACGGCACCUGGGUCCUCCUCUGCGUCGGAGGACAGACCAUUGAGCAAAGAGGAGGCGGAUCGGUUGUAUGAAGAAAGGAUGGAGGAGGAGUAUGCGAAGAGAGAGGGAGGUGCAUAA